AUAUUAAUAUAACGCCUCAAGUCAAUCCAAACAGUGCGCAUGCGCUUUUGCGUCGAAAGGUUAAACCGCUACGUGCGCAUCCACACUAAGCAGUUUGCGCAGGCUCGUAUUCCCGGAUAGGGAUAGGUUGAAGUAAUAUUCCAUGCGGGAAGACAACACUGAAUCCUCAAGUCCUGGCUCAAACACUACAAGAAACAUCGACUGCAGAUGAGGGUGUUGCUUUUCUAAGCAAACCCUGCGUCUCUGGAUAUUAGGCAAGAUGGUUAGAUUGGAUCUUGGUGAGGUAGUCCUGAAGAGGAUGCAGGAGAAGGACAUUGAAACUGUUAAGGCUCUCAUCAAGGAAGGAUGUGAGGGAAUGGAGAACCGCCUGAUUCUUCACCUUCUGACCCGUCCGCUUGCUCUCUUCAUGCUGGCCACCCUGUCCUCCAUCCUCCGUUGUGUGCUGCACUCUUUUAUCUUGGCGUUGGUCAUUCCCGUCUUCAUCCUCAUCAUCUACCUCAAGCUCACCAUCCCGCGAUCGGUGGGCAUCUUGGGCUCCAGCAGGCCAUAUUGGGACUAUGUGGGCAGCAGUUACCACGCAGAGACCGAGCCAGAUCUACCCAAUCCUUACUUCAACCAAGCCAAACUGAUCACCAACCAGGAGAAAAGCAGACGCCGUAAAAAAGCCAAAGAGAAGAAGACAAACGAGAGAGAGCAGGUGGAUGAGGAUGAGCUGAAGGAGAGGGCAAAGGUUGCUGGAGAGGUGUGGGUUGCGGACUCUGACGGGGAGAUAAUGGGAUGCGUGGCUAGAGACGGUUGGAGUCGGGACGGUGUUUGUAGGAUCUGCAGGCUGGUGGUCCAGUCUUGGUACCGCAGAGAGGGACUGGGCAGAUUGCUGGUGCAGGGCCUGGAGUCCAAAACAAAGCAGAGUGGCAUACGGCGGGUCUACGCCCAUGUGCCAUUUCCUUCCAGGGUGGGAGAAGCUUUCUUCAGGAGGCUGGGUUAUCGUCUGCAGGGCGAGACUGCAGGGACUGAGGGAGAGGAGGAGGAUGAGGAUUAUGAAGAGCCAGAGAAGGGUUGGCUGGGGUUCCCUUUAACUAAAGUGUUUGUUAAGGAUUUAUAAGUGUCAUUGAAACUAAAGUCUUUACAGAUAAAUAAAGGAAUACACUGGAUUCAAUACAAGUUAAGCUCAAUCAACCUGUGGCGUAAUGUUAAAUGCGACCACAACAAUAAUUUUGACUUUGGAGGAUUUAAAGGUAAAAAUGUGAAGCUAAUAAUUUUAUAAAAGCAGUUUAAUUUCUCUGUUAAAAUGUGUGUAAUGUGAGCAGUUAAGUUGUUUAAAUAAUCCUUGUUAUGUUAUGUUGUCAUGUUUAUCAAGUUGAUUAGUCAUUGGACAAUCGACCUGAAGUUGUAUAUAACUUUAUACAGAAAAGGUUAGUAAGCAGUUUUUCCCACACUAAAAUCUUGUGGAUAUACUAUUGAAACAGUGAGUAUUUUUCCAUUAACCAAGUAUUUUACAAUUGCCUACUUCACUUUCAUUGUAAGUGCCUCACUGUAACCCCGAUUUUUGCCAUCAUGGACCAGAACUAGUGACAUAUUUUCUUCUGUAUUGUGUCGUACAUCCUAUUACAGAUUAUCAAAAAAAAUACUUGUUAAUGUUGGGGACUUGUUAGUUGUUACUGUUAGCGAAUAGGAUUUGUUGACUAGUCCACAACAAGAUCAAUAAUAUGCAUUUACAAAAUAGAUUUUCUUUAAUGGCAACUUUAAGGAUAUUUUGACUUGUCCCUUGUUGUGUUUUGUUGUGGUAAUCAACAUUGUGUGCUGUCAGUUGUCACAAUCACUUGUCUUGAACCUGGAAUAGUCCUUUGAAAAUGCUUAGAUUUCAAAUUUAUAACUGGAUUUGUUCAUCAGCGAAUCACUGACACUAGUAACCCAGUGAUGGCUGUGCUAUUUUAUAUAAAUGAUGUAUAUUGUUGCUUAAGAGAACUGUAAUGUUGAACAUUACAGAAUGAUCACUGGGUUUCAAAGCCAGAGCCACGAAGGCGUCAAUCUUGUUUAUAGCAUGGAAUUGCUUUAAGAAAUUUUUGCAGGGUUUUUUUUUUUAACUGGAACAAGUGAUUUACAUGUGUUUUCCUUAUUUAUUUACGUUAUUUAUUAUAUUGUAUGUGAAUUUGAGUUUUGUGAAAACAUUUAGUUUGUUUCCCUUGACUGUUGAUGAAUGAUCUCUAUGAAUAAAAUUAAGCUCAAGGUGUAAAACCUUUUAAUGUGUUUCUUCCAGGCAUGGUUAUCUAUUUUUCUGCUUCACCGAUCUUUCUUCACCAAAAUAUCUGUGGUUUAGCUGCACUGAAAAUGCUCUCAUAAAUGUCACCAGAAGCAAACCCUGACACAUUGUACAAACUCAUUGCAAAUUGAGUUCAAUCUCAUAUCCAGCCCGAUUAGUUUAAAUUUGCUGCAAAACACAUUGCAAGUACAGUUAAUUUCCGCAUGCUACUCUAAAUGUGUGUGGGUGGAUACAGUUUAGUGAUGCUGAGUGUAUUUGAAACUAAGAGCUGCUCAUGCUGUGUGGUUAGCUUAAAACACCAGCUCUACCUUAACCACUCACACUACUACCCAACAGCAUGUAAGGCUGCCAUUCACCACCGGAUGUUCAUACAGUUCACUGUGUGGUCGGCUUGAUGCUCACCU